UUGAAAUAAAAGUAUUCAACAGAAAGAAAGUAUUCCACUCUGUUUAAAGAAUCUGUUUCAAACGCAAAGAAAGAGACUAAUCGAUGGCUAAGAGCAUUCCGAUUCUACCAAUGGCGUCGGCCGAUCCUUCGCCGGUAGUCGAGGAGAAGCUCUUCAAAGGAUCCGCCAUGACUAAACGAGGAGCGUAUGCCGCCAUCUCUUACAUGGCUUGUGCUGUGCUCUUGGUGUUAUUUAAUAAAGCUGCUCUUUCUUCAUACAACUUCCCGAGUGCCAACGUCAUUACACUUUGUCAGAUGAUAUCUUCAUGUUGUUUGCUUUAUGUUCUACGACGCUCAAAGCUCAUUUCUUUUAAUGCUAACGAAUCCGUAGCUGCCAGUGACAGUUCCAACAUGUUGGUAUCAAUACAGACGUUGAUUCGCACUUCACCUCUCGCUUUUACCUAUUUGCUUUACAUGCUAGUUACCAUGGAGUCAGUUCGAGGUGUUAAUGUUCCAAUGUAUACAACACUGCGAAGAACUACAGUUGUAGUUACAAUGAUUGUUGAGUACCUCCUUGUGAGGCAGAAGUAUACACGUCCUAUUCUUGGAAGUGUGACCUUGAUAGUUCUGGGUGCUUUUAUUGCUGGAUCCCGGGACUUGUCGUUCGACUCCUAUAGCUACCUUGUUGUUUUUCUGUCCAACUUUACCACUGCAAUAUAUCUAGCAACCAUAGCCCGUAUUGGAAAAUCCAGUGGCCUCAAUAGCUUCGGCCUUAUGUGGUGCAACGGAAUCUUAUGUGCUCCUGUUCUACUGCUUUGGACCCUUUUCCGAGGUGACUUGGAGAUGACGAUGAGUUUUCCAUAUUUGCUUUCUCCUGGUUUCCUGGCAGUGCUACUUUUUUCGUGCAUACUAGCUUUCUUCCUGAACUAUAGUAUAUUCCUCAACACGACUCUGAACUCUGCACUCACACAGACUAUCUGUGGUAAUUUAAAGGAUCUUUUCACGAUUACACUAGGCUGGGCUAUUUUUGGUGGGCUGCCAUUCGAUUUGUUGAAUGUGAUUGGGCAACUUCUCGGCUUCAUAGGCUCAGGCCUGUAUGCCUAUUAUAAGCUUAUUGGGAAAUAACUGCUUUCAAGUCUCAACUUCUUCAAUGGAUUUUUGUGCAUUGCGUUUGCAUCUCUUGAUAUUUUGACGGUGGUACAAGAUUCUAAUGUCCAAGAGGGAAGCAUGACUUUCGAAGGAGGACUUGCUGCUGUAAAGCAUACUUUCUGGUUUUAAGAAGUGGAGAUUGGUGACGCAUUUCCACCUUAUAGAGAGACUAGAAUUGGUUCUUGUUAACAGCACUGCAGUCUACAGUCACUUUGAUUAUUCCUAUAAUGUAAGAGAAGUAGCAGUAAUGUGUUUAAAGAGAGGAGGCUAGAAACUAACCCAUUAAUCUUCUUUUUUCCUCACGACUUACUAGUUACAUUUUCGAUGUGUUUGUAAAGAUACAAAUUAAUUGAAAAAAUUGUGCAAACUUCCACAGAGUUCAAAUUUUA